AUGCCUCGCCAGAAAACAAAGCAUACACAAAUUUUGAGUGAGAGAGUCAGAAAAUCUACUUUCAAAAGAAGACUUGAUAGCUUAUUCAAGAAAGCACAUGAGCUAUCAGUGUUGUGUGGCGUAGAGAUAGUUAUCAUCGUUAAUGAUCCGAAAGAGUCACAUUCAACCCUGUGGCCCUCUCAUGAUCAGGUUAUGAAUGGACUCAUGAAGUUCAUGGCUCGUUCCAAAGAGCCCGGACCCAAGAAAAUGGUUCUGCAUGAUAAAUUCUUGAGUGAUAAAUUGAAAAGCAUGACCGAUAGAUUGCUGAAACUUCAAAAGAAGAAUGACGAAACAGAAAUGGGGUUCCUCAUGACUCGACUCUUUGAAGGUGGAAUCUUCAAUGAGCUAGAUGUGAGGCAGCUAAAUGGUUUGGAUCAGUUUGUGGAAGAAAAGCUGAAGAAGCUCGAAAACAGAUACAAUGAGCUUACAGGGGCACAAGGCCAGCUUAUGUGCACUAACAAUCCACACCAUAGCCAGAUGAUAACAGCAAUGGCAGAACAUAGAAGUGGCGAUUUUGCAACUACUUCAAUUGUGGCGACAGAGGACAGAUGGUUCGGCCCGGGCAUCCAGAACACUUUUGGCAUGUCAAGAGGAAUCGAGUUAGGAUCAACUGAAGUUGCAAGAUCCUUUACUAACUGGAAUCAGGGUGGAGUUCCUGAUGAGUUUGGAAGUGUGUGGCCCACCAAUUUCUAUCCUUGA